AUGUCUGUACCCGCCUCACCCAAUGAAAAUGAAUUUCGACACCAAAUUUUGCCCUCCUCCACAAUUCUGUCCCUACCCAAACAACCCAUAGUCAGGGCUGUCCUUUCUCUCAAUAGCACGAAACAUGAUGUGUAUAGAUACGAUGGCGCAACGAACCACCAACGUCGGGCGGAGUGUCAAAAAGGCCCAAGAGAAAAGACUUUCUGCACUAACGACCGCAUGUCGAAUAAUGGAACCUCGCUGCCGACGUCCGUCGUCAUACUGAGCCCUGCUUCGCAGCAUUUCGUCAGUCAUGCCAGAGUAACGAUAGCACCAUGGAUUAUGGGUACAUUCGCAGACCUUUUCUUACAAGGUAUCCUGGCCGCACAGACGACUGCCUACUUUACUCUCUACGAGAACCGGAAUCUAAGCUCUAUUCGAAGACCGAAUCUAUCCUGGCUUGUCAUCUUUCUUG